CAUGCAUGUCAGUCUCCGGUGAGUUGUGUCCAUAACAGAUCUAUGCAGGUUGCAAGGGGGCAUGGAACAUGAAAGGAAAAGAUAUACAGCAAUUGGAUUUCUUGUUGCUAAAAGAUCAUGAAAAAAGUCCUAAAUGCCAACAAAACAUCCAGUCAUGUAAUGAGGGCUGAGACACCCGAAUAUGAGCCUUCAGACACCUCUAACAAAUAUGUUAAGUUUUCACAUUACAGACAAGCUGAGCAAUAUGUUCCAUACACAACAGCAAAUGUUCCAAAAACAGCUGGGAUACAAGGAAUUAACACAAAACUGCCAGGCAGGUGUACUGUGCAAAUGCACAUACACAGCUCAGCUAUCUUUGAGAAAGCGGAUAAAGAUGCUGCAAGGCACAGGCUAUUGACAAUAGGGAGAAGUGAAGAUCAUAAAACUAGCCAUGCUGCUCAUAAGCAAGAGUUUCUAAGUUAUGCCAAGUUUUUCAGUUCCAAUGCUGUGUGCCAAAGUGAGGUGCCAUCCCAGCAGUGCAGAAUCAGACAAAGAAAAACACAACAGCAACUUCAAAAAGAAAACCAGUCAGCUACAAUCAUUCAGUCCGCCUGGCGAGGUUGUCAGGUCAGAAGGGAGAUCAAUGGGAUGAAUAAAGCUGCUGCCAAAAUUCAGGCAGUUUUUCGAGGCUACAGGACACGACGGGAAUUGCUUCUUGGAUGUAACACACAUGGCAAGGACGAAGGCCUACAAUUAAAAAAGAAAAGGAGAGCAGAAAGCAAGGAAAAGCUAUUCCCACUCAUUCUAAGGUUUGAUCAGCAGUGGGGUUGGGACUCCAGGACACUAAGCAACAUCAGUAAAAGUGAUAGUUUAAGAAGCCAGCAUAAGACUAACAAAAGAGAAGGCACCUUCUUUAUCCCCAUAGUAAUCUUCCCGAAAGUAGAGUCUUCACGCAAGACCAAGAGGAAAGGUUUUGUGUUGCCUAGUGACUUACCUACACUAAAUGUCUUUGAAAGCAGGACACAGCAGCAUGGGAUCUGUCAUGCUGCCAUUCAAAUCCAAGCUGCAUGGAGGGGAUAUCAAGCCAGAAAGCAGAUGAGGGAAAUAGAAAGGCAAGCUAAGAUAAAGGCAGAGGAGAGCCAGCCCUUUUCUAAUGGUUGUAAAAACAGUCCUGAGAGCUGUGAGAAACAGCCUGUGUUAGGAGCAGAAAUGUCAGGAGCUGUUGCAGAAAUUCAGUCUUCGACUCCUGAGCAAAAAGACCCAGUGCAGGAACCUGAACAGGACUCCUCUGUAAAGGAGGAACCUAGUAAGGAAAGCAAAGGAACUAAUACAGAGGGCAGUGUGCCAUCUGUUAGAAAUAUUAACAUAUACACUGUUGUGAAGGGUGUGCCAGCUUCCAGAAGACCCCCCAUCACCAUACGAGUGUCCAGUCCUAAUGCAAUAGUGCAGGGAUAUCACCGAGACAUGAGCAGAGGGAUGCAGGGGCUCUACACUGUCAAAAAUCACUGUGAUCCAAGGCCUUCUCAAAUCAUUGUCCAGAUACACAUGGUGGAGAAGGAAGAUAACCCAAGCACUCCUUCUUAAUAAUGGUAAAGAGGAAAUAAAAGCUGGCACCUGACUCACACGGUGAGCUUCUUUGAA